AAAAAAAAAAAAAACCGUGAGCACGCAUCCCAAUCGGGUUUAUGUUACAUAUAAAUAUUAAGAUACUUAACUUGAUUGAGUUUAUUGGAAUUGACUGAAAUCUGUGUAUGUAAAUAUUGUUUCUCUCGGAACAGACGAUGGAAAUAUUCAAAUUAAAGCAGUCACUGGUUAAUCUCAGCUGCUCUUCCGUACCACACAGCGAUUGUGAUUCACCUCUGCAGUGAAGCCACUCCCACAGCAAUUCACCAAUUAAUGCUGUGAAUAUUUACAUCAUCCGACAAGUAAAGGAAGAAAGAAGGUGGUAUAUAAAGAGGAACAAUUCCAAUUGUAACCACUGAAGUCAACUGACCUACUAUUGCAAAAAUGAAGUUUUUAAAAGAGGAGUUUAAAAAGGAGAGUGAAGACAUCAGUAUAACAGAAGCAUGCAGAAUGAAACAUGAAGAUACUGAGGAACAAAUAGACAUGAUAGAAGUAAAAGAAGAAAGUCAAGAACUGAAUGACGUGGAGGAGAAACAUCAUCAGCAUCAUACAUUUGAUCAUUUCAUGACUGGAGAAGAAUCUUUUAGUGGCUCAAAGACUGAAAUUGAUUUCUCACAGAAAAUAACUCGAAGAGCAAGAGCCAAAAAAUCUUUCACUUGCCAUCAGUGUGGAAAGAGUUUUGCACAAAAAGGAACCCUUAACACUCACUUAAAAUAUCACACUGGAGAGAAGCCUUUCACCUGCCAUCAGUGUGGGAAGAGUUUUGUGCAAAAAGGAGAUUUAAACUGUCACAUGAGAAUUCACACAAGAGAGAAAUCUUUCACCUGCCAUCAUUGUGAAAAGAGUUUCACGCACAAAAAAAACCUUAACACUCACUUAAAACGUCACACUGGAGAGAAGCUGUUCUCGUGCUUUCAAUGUGGAAAAUGUUUCUUUUUUAAAAGAGGCCUUAAGAGUCACAUAACAAUUCACACUGGAGAGAAGCCUUACACCUGCUCUCAAUGUGGAAAGAGUUUCAGAGAUCGAGGAAACUUUAAGAGCCACAUGAGAAUUCACACUGGAGAGAAAUCUUUCACCUGCCAUCAAUGUGAAAAGAGUUUCAAACACAAAAGAAACCUUAACACUCACUUAAAACGUCAUACUGGAGAGAAGCCAUUCUUGUGCUUUCAAUGUGGAAAAAGUUUCUCACUUCAAAAAGACCUUAAGCGUCACAUGAGAAUUCACACAGGAGAGAAGCCUUUCACAUGCCAUCAGUGUGGAAAGAGUUUCAGAGAGAGUGGACACUUUAAGAAUCACAUGAGAAUUCACACUGGAGAGAAACCUUACACGUGUCUUCAGUGUGGAAAGUGUUUCACACAAGUAGGCCAUCUCACAAUUCAUCUGCAGUAUCACUCUGGAUUAAGACCAUUUAACUGUGAUCAGUGUGGCAAGACGUUUACAGCGGCAUCACAUCUAAAGGUACACCUGAUUACUCAUACUAACGAGAAGCCUUACGUGUGUUCUUUUUGCGGAAAGAGUUUUGAUACUUCAUCAAACCUGAAAGUACAUGAGAGAGUGCAUACUGGAGAGAAGCCAUACCACUGCACUUCAUGUGAGAAGAGUUUCAGCUCAUCAAGUAGUCUAAAGACUCAUUCAAAAAAGUGUGGUCCAAAAUUGUCAUUGUGAACAGGUUCAUUUCAGGAUCAACACUCAUGUACAGUAUUUUGUACAAUUUCAAUCAGUUUACUUGAUCUACUAUAGUUUGAAAGUCAUAAAUUCUUUAAAGCACCACAGAGGUUAGGAACAGGAAAAAAUAUUUUCUUUAUUAGUAUUUUUUAAUUGAUUUCCAGUGAAAAUAUCCAAUCAUUCUUAACUUCCUGAGACCCAGGUGAGAUUAAUGUGUGCUUUUUCUAUUUCCCUUGUAACUAGAUUUGUAACUAGAAGCACCUGAUAACCAUACAAACAAUGCAGCUUCUUAUGGUGCGUUCACAUACAACGCGAAGUGAGCAAUUCGCACGGCGCGAUUACAUACAAAGUCGUGAACGCACCAUUAUGGUUGUGUCAUACAAUUCAAGGUACCCACACACAGCUACAGCAAUUUUUCUUCUGCUACUACGUCAGUACGUCAGUGACAUACGGACAAUCUCAAUACUGAUAGGCUUUCGCGACAACGUGAUUUGCAAAUUUCUAGCCAGAGUUGAAAAAUUUCAUACGUGAAUGAAGCGAGUUUGCAUGUUCGAGUCACGUCAUUCGCUUCAUUCGUGCUGUCCAGUGUAAAUUUGUGUCUAUUCGCAUCUUUGCAUUGACUUUGUAUGUAAUCGCGCCAAGCAAAACGUUCACUUCGUGUUGUAUGUGAACGCACCAUUAGAAUAACAAAUUGUUUUCUUAAAAAAUGUCUGUCAUCACAUGGGGACAGCUGGUCUAUGUUUUGGAAUUUUAAAUUAGGUAGAUGCUAUUUGCACCAAGUGUAAAAAGCAACGAAAAGCAUCUGCUUUGUACUCUAGUGCUAAUAGUGGCAGAUACUCUUACACCCCUGUUUAAAUACAAAUAUACAAUAUAGUGGCAUCACUACAGCAUUUUUAUUGUGUUUAUUUGGAGUCCCACAGACACCCUACACCUACCCCUAACUCUACCUUACAAAAUUAACCAUUUUACUACAUUAACCAUAGUAUCACCAUGGUAUUUUUCUAGUAACCACAAAAUUAAACAUGGUUACUAUUACCUACAUGUUACUGUAAUAACACCAUGGUUAGUACAUCAGAACUUUAUAGUUUCCACCAAAACACAUGGUUACUACAAAUAUUGCUAUUACAAAAGUAAAACCAGGGUUAAUUUUAUCCAUAUCAAAUGCUUCUCUCAACUCCCUGACCAAAUCACUGCGAGGGAUCUCUUUUAUUUAUUACUUUAAGACUUUAUUACUAUAAUUACUUUAAAAUAAAAACAUAGAAAAAAGUAUGUCAUGGGAUGAGAUUUGAACCUGGCUUUCCAGUGUGACAACACAUACACAUACCGUUGUUACACCCAGAGCUACUACAGCUGCACACAGGGGCGCAGUUUGUCAAACAAUCCUCUGUUUCCAUCAGACUAUUGGAGCGCAAAUAGCCAUUUAGUUAUGCAAUCUCUUAAUCCACUCAAUGUGUAACCCGUUAACCAGUUUUAACCAGUCUCGAAACCAUUUAACCACUGCGAAAAAUUCAAAUAUGUCCACCUUCGUUUGAUCAGCAGUUGACCCCGAAUAAAUCUGUUAUGGCUGUCUUGAGAUUGGUCUGAGCAGUGGUGGGUGGAGUUAGUGUAAAUAGCCUCUGCCAACAAGAUGGUCUGUUUGCACAUAGUGUAAAUAUACACUCCAUUUAAAUUAAUAUCAAGCAAUAGAAAUUGAGCUUUUUUUCUAUACUUUAUUGUCAAAUAAACAAAUGGUAUACAGUGCUGUAGCAUUCGAACACAAUUAGAAAUUUGCUUCAUCAAUCAGUCAGAAUCUCGGUAUGAGGAUUAAUGAGAGAAUUCAAUCAUUUGUUGAAGUGACAGGGAUUGUCAGUCAGGCAAGCACACCAUACAAACUUGCAAAAACUACCUUUAGUCAUACAUCCACACAAAAAGGUGCUUUUUACACUCCUAAAGCCAAUAAAAGCAGAACUGGAUAGAAUGGAGAGAGUUUGAGUGAUACAAAAGAUUGAUAAACCCACUGAAAGGAUCAAUUCUCUGGUGAUUGCGGUCAAGCAAAAUGAAAAAUGUACGAUUUUGAAGCUCCAAAAUGUUCAUCACACAGAAGAUAGUCCAGAGCAGUUGAUCAAACGGCUUCAUCCAGUGAAAAGUUGAUACAGGAAAUCUGAGCAUACGUGUGUAUGGUCACACAAGCCUUACCCGUCGCUGAUGCCACGAUGCAAAUGAUACGCAAGGAAACGGAAAAAAGACCAAACACUAACAAAUGGUUGGCCUGAGUUAAAGCAAGACUGUGUUGCAGAUGUUCAAAAAUUCUGGAACUGCAGAGCUGAACUGUCUUUAAGGGAUGGCACUGAAUACAAGGGAAACUAAAUAGUGAUUCCGAAAAGCAUCAUUCAAGAGAUGUUGUGCGAAAUCCACAAAGGGCAUCUAGGGACUGAAAAGUCUAAUAAUAAGAAGAGCACACAGAUUCAUGUAUUGGCCAAGAAUUAAUCAGGGCAUCAUAAAUGUCAUAUCCAAAUGUCCUACCUGCAUCAAAUACCAGCCCAACAUUCCUAGAGAGCCCGUACAUCCUGUACCAGAGAGACCGAAUCAAAAAGUGGCUACAGGCCUCUAUGCAUGUCAUGGAAUCGCAUAGACACUUACUACCACUUGUUGUAUUCAGAGGUGUGUAAUCCCAUGCCCGAAGUCUGUUUUGCUAGACAUGGCGUUCCAGCUGGAGUAUUCACAGACAAUGGCCCCCAAUUUGCCAAUGCCAGUUUCACAGCCUUUUCAAAAGAUUAGGACUUUUUACACACCACAUCAAUCCAGUGGCCUUGAGGAAAAAUCGGUGGCAAAAGUGAAUCGGCUGAUGCAAAAAAUCAAAAGAUGGUGCCAUUAUUUUACAUGGGAUUGCUUACUCUAAUACACACUUGAAUGUGGUUACUCACCAGCAUGGACGAUGUCUUCGUUCUAACUUAUCUGUGACAGAGAAUCUUCAUCAAACAGGGGAAAUUGUGAAAAUGAGAGAACAAAGUAUAACAAAAAGCAAAGCAAAAGAUCUGCUAUGACAGAGGAACUCUUCUUCUGCCUGAGCGACAUGUUGGUGAUGAAAUUAGAUUAAAGACAAAUCCAGUCCCUGAAAUCAGUGAUCGAACAAAUGCAACCAAUGUACUAAAACAUCCAAACAAAAGAUGAUUCAGAAUAACUUGAAAGCAGAUAAAAGUCGUGUUGAAAAGAUUGAGAUACCAAUCAGAACAUCUGUUUGUGUACGGAUGUGUCCUGAAAGACUAAUAGGGUCAUGUUGAUAUAACUGAAAAAACGAAAAUGUAGAUUCAUUACUUUGGUAAUCUACAGAUGUUUGUUGUACAAAGCUGAUAUCUUGAAAGUUUGAACGGAGAAGUAUAACGGUCACCUGUUAACUUAAUUCAUUGUUGUUCAUUAAUGUAGACAUUAAUGUUUUUACCUUCGUUGAGUAUUUAAUGCAUGGAUAAAUAGAGGAAAACUGUAUAAUCAAACAAGAAACACUAGAUUUCUUUUUGACAUUCAGCUAUUCCUAACAAACCUUCAACUGUGACCGUAUUUUAUGGCUGUAAUACAGUCAAAUACAUUAUACAUACUUCAGGGUU